AUGGCCCAGCGAGCGAGUGCGGCAGACCAAGGCGCUGUUGCCAGUAAGCGCCAUGCCCUGCCACCCGUUGUGCCGUAUGGACAGACUGCAGACAGCCAUUUCCGGUGUGCCUUGGAUGUCCAACUGCACGGGUGCCCUCUUGACUGGGAAGCAGUAGUGGACCACGAUGUGCAGUUUGCAGCAGCUAGCAUGGCAACUGACCUCGCACGUCUGCGGCGCAUCAGGGCGGAUGCUAUGGCACUCUUGAAGGAGUUGGCUGUGCGGCUUUGGCCUGUGUCGCAACAGUUGCACGCUGUGCAACAUCCAGACGUGCACUCUGUCAAUCCUCGUGUCCACCUAGCGUUAUUUGCAGUGUGCGUCGUGCUCCUGGCAUGGCCGGACACGUCCCUUGUCCAAGGGUUGUUAGAGGGCUUCCCGGCUGUCGGCUACCAGGAACCAUGCGGGGUGUGGCAAAGCAAGCCUGCACGUUUCUGCACCUUGCAGGAUGCUCUGAGUGAGGGCAAACGUGAUGCUGAAGCUGUUGUGUCCUCUCUCCGGCCGUCAGAAGACGACCAAGUUGUGUGGGAAGCUGGGGAGAAGGACGAGAAGGCAGGAUUUUGUCACCCGAGUGUGGGGUGGCAGGAACUGACUGCUGCUGGGCGCCUUUUCCGCGUGAUUCGGCGCUUCGUCGUGACGCAAGCCAGCGGCAAGAAGCGCGUCAUUGAUGAUGCUCUGGCCGGCAGGCAGAGCGAAUUCAGCAGUGAUGCCAACAAGCUCCAGUUCUGUUCGGCCAUUCAGCCGUGCCUUCAUGCGCAAGCACUUGCAGCAGAGUUGGCCCGCCAAGGAAAGUGUUGUGCUGAGUGGCCUGAUACCCUGGCCACAGCAGGAGAGGACUGGAGCAGCCUAGCUACAGAGACGCAGCUGUACGUGGAAGAGCUGUUUGAGUUGUUCGGUUUCCCCUUUUCGACCGAAAAGCGGCAAGAACCGGCAGCCGCCGGAGAUUUUCUCGGGCUCAUGCAUGAUUUUUCUCAACUGCAGCAGGGCACCGUCCGGGUCUGGGUGCGUGAGCGCUUGGUUGAAAAAAUCGGAGACAUCAUCCGAGAAGCCCAAGAAACAGACACCCUUAAGCCAGGGCAAGCUAGUAAGCUGUACGGCUGUGUUACCUUUCUCGACCAAGGUGUGUUUGGGCGGGUAGCCCGUGCAGGCCUCACUGCUAUAAAGGACCGGCAGUAUGCUUCUCGCGGCCAUGCUCGCCUCACUGACGAGCUGCGUUCAGCCUUUGACACCAUCCGAGCUGUGCUUGACAUGCGGCCUCAGCGUCUUGUUCGCGUCCUUCCCCAGUUGGGUAGCAGAGUGUUGGCAGCUAGUGACGCUGCCCAGGAUGCAUGCCGGAUUGGAUCCGGAGGGUUUCUUGUGGUUACUCCCAAGAAAGAGCGGCUAGGCGCAGUCGUCCCUGUUGAUGAUGCAGUGUUCCAUCUCUGGGACGAGCAAGAGACGAAGAUAGCUCAGUUGGAGCUGCUCAUGGUGCUGCAAGGACUCCUUACCUUCCCGAGUCAGUUUCAGGGUUCUUCCGGGGUGUGGUAUGUGGACAAUAUCGCAGCCUUGAUGGCGCUGGUCCGGGGCAGGAGUGACAGCCCAGAACUUGACCACAUGGCGCAGACCGUUCACAUUCUCCUGUUCCAUUUGCGAUGCUAUCUCUAUUUCGAAUGGGUGCCCAGCGGCAGCAACUGGGCCGAUGGCAUCUCACGAGAUGGCUUUGAGGACCGAUGGUGGAGGUCCCACGGGUUCAAGGUUCACUCCAGCACAGUUCCAGUUUUCCUUUGGCGAUUCCCUCUUGCAGUGCGCUCUUCUAUUUUCAGCUUCUUGGCCUAG